CCACACCACAGCUUGGAAGAUUUUGUUGGCUGUUGCCCAACACAAUCUCGACGAUGAUACGCUGCUCCCCGUCAGUGAUCGUAUCGUCUCAUCCAUAGUGCUACAGUACCUCUUCUCCACUACUACAACCAACAUGUCUUCGCAGCAACCUCCUCAACCACCGGCACAACAACAGCCCAUGCAAAUUCUGCAACCAGCUCGACAACAGCAUCCGCAACAACAGGCAGGCCAGCCUCCUUCGCAUCACCAACAACAGCAACAGCAACAACCACCACAGGGCCACCCCAAUCAACGGCAGCACGGGGGAGGGCGUCAUCAAUCUCGCGGUGGUGGAAGGGGCGGGCAACCACAAUAUCCAAAUCAAGGGCAACGUGGAAGAGGUAGAGGCGGCGGCAGGGGUCCACAACAACAGCAAUUUGUCAAGCCAAUUUCCCUGAAUCCAUCCUCCGGAAUUCCCUAUGGCCAUGUACCCGCUUACCUUCCUGGAUCUGCCAGUCUGGUGGAACAAUUGGACCACCGUGUCUUGAUUGUCUUGCGUGAUGGGAAGCACAUUAUUGGGGAAUUCACUUCCUUUGAUCAGUUUAGUAACAUGGUUUUGAAAGAUGCCGUGGAACGACGGUUCCAUACUCCUGCUGAUAACAAGGAAGGUCUGACUUUCUACUCGGAUAUUCCCCUGGGAGUCUAUGUGAUACGAGGAGACUCGGUGGUGAUUCUGGGAACCAUUCAUGACAUGCCAAUCAACAACCACACCAUGAAACAAGUGACUCUGGAAGAGCUUGGAGAAAUGCAGGCCAAAGACAACAACAACAAUAGUAACAACAACAACAACAAUGAGGAAAGCACUGGACCCUUGACGUGGGAUUUUGAUGCCGAUUUGAUAGCCUAG